AUGGCGACAAUGAGACAGCACUCAUCUGUGCUGUUGCUGAUCAUGUGGGCGCUAUUAGUCGGGAUUGUUCUCCCGUUUGAGCAGAAUGGCAUAGCAUACACACUUUGCAGCAAGGAAAGCCCCACCUCAGUUGAGAUGACUCCCGUCAGCCCCGGAAUCUUGUUGCUGAGCCCUAACUUUGGAGACGGUCACUAUCCCAACAACUUGAGUUGUUACAUCCGGCUGUAUUCCAGGAACGAGGCGGUUGGUUUGAAAUUGCAUUUUAGGACCUUUGUUGUGGAAUCUGGGAAGAGGGAAGACUGUAUUUACGAUUUUCUGUGUAUAGAUGGAAUAUUCUUCUGUGGGUCAAAUCUGGGUGAUUACGUUUUCUUACACAUCAUCCCGGCGAACAGUGUGUUUACGAUUGUCUUUCAAACAGAUGGAGAUGGUACAGGCGAUGGCUUUGAUAUUGCUGUAACACCGGUCCCAGUCGAACAUGGGUCCAUUGUUACCCAGUCGGAAAGUAGCAACAAAAACUUGACCAAAACAAGAGAUCCUUCAAGGCAUUACAUCGAUGGUUGCGGUUUCUGGGUGAACAGACGCAGACUGACAAUCAACCCCACUGUUGAGCCCACCAAGCCCCCACAUGUGGCCAAAUGCUCAUGCCAUUGUGAGUCUGACCUUUACCACGGUGACGACUGA